AUGGCAAUAUCAACCCACCACUGCCUCUGCAACGCCCUCCUCCUAACCAGCACGCUCCCGCUCUCCCAAAUCCCCACGCGCCAAACCGACAGCUCGCUCAUCUGCACCCUCACUUCCGGACACUCCAUCGCCCCGGGGGAGGCUUCCGUGCUGGAGAACGCCGUAUCCGUGGAUGAGACGCCGGUGGUGGUGAAGUUGGAGGAUGGGUUCGAGAAGCGGUAUUGCGUGAGGUGUGUAAGGUGUGGGCUUACGGCGGGGUAUGGGUUGGAUCGGGGGAUGUUUGAGUGGAAGAGGGAAGGGAGGAGGGAAGGGGUGGUGUUUUUGUUGAAGGGGGGGUUGGUGCGGACGGAGGAUGUUAGGUUGGGACGGAAGGUGGAUGAAGCGGAGGUUGAGAUGGUGGUGGCGUGA